CCGACGCUGGCCAAUCACAGCUGAGACUAAAGGGACGACAACAAAAAAAAACAAAGGCUUUAAAACGAAGCGGACGGCUUGUUUUCGGUUAUAACUGGAAUCUUAGUCAGUGUAGUUAUUAAAUCCUGUAUAAUAAGUCAUUUAAAUUCAAUGAAUCUGUUUUUCGACUUGUAUUUAAUUUAAUGUUUCAAUGUCAAACGACGUGAACACCGCAGGCUAGCAAGAGUACCGCUAGCGCAGACUGUAGCAAUAUCACCGUUAAUUCUCUGACGACAUUAACGUUAGCUAACUAGUUUACUGACAGGACGCUUUUUGAGGUUUCGGGAACAUUAGUGGUUUAUUUUUGCGCGUUGGAUAUAAUUUUGGCAUUAGCUAGUAGCUAACUUUACACACUGAUUUGCCUGUCGCUGACAGUCCCGUCCUCUGAAGAUGGCGAUGGAUGCUCUACCAUGCUAGGACCAUGUUCAAAAAUGUUUUUGGCUCAGGGUUUCUGGUAAGAACAGCUCAUGUGAUUCUGACAUGGGUCAUAACGUUGAUACUCUUCCUCCAUGAUACAGAGCUGAGGAAGCAGGAGGAGACAGGCCAGCUCGUCCAGCCUGUGCUCUUCGUCUUGCUGGUGCUGGUGUCGGUUUUGCUCUAUUUCGCUGUUUCUCUGAUGGACCCGGGCUUCAUCUUGUCUGAUGACAGCGAUUUACAGUUCACGCUGGGAGUGACUGAGGAGCAGCAGGACAUGAUCCCACCCAGCACCAAAUCUCUGCGACAGCGCCGCUGUGGCCACUGCCUGCUGCAGCAGCCAAUGAGAUCAAAGCACUGCCAGACGUGUCGGCACUGUGUCCGGCGUUACGACCAUCACUGCCCCUGGAUUGAGAACUGUGUCGGUGAGAGGAACCACCGCUGGUUUGUGCUUUACCUGGCCGUCCAGCUGCUGGUGCUGCUGUGGGGGCUGCACAUUGCCUGGACGGGUUUCAGUUAUGCGCCCACCUGGCAGCUGUGGCUGCGUUCCAACGGCGUGCUGCUGGCCGUGGCCGUGCUGGUGGCUCUGCUCUUGCUGAUUGUGCUGCUCCUGCUCGGCUCCCACCUCUACCUGGUUUCUCUCAACACCACCACUUGGGAGUUCAUGUCGCGCCACCGCAUCUCCUACCUAAAACACUGCGGCGCCGACGAAAACCCCUUCGACCGCGGCACCUUCCACAACCUUUGGGGUUUCUUCUGCGUGUGGGGCACGGUGGUGUGGGAACAGGUGUACUUCAGGGAGGGCAGCGACCAAGUCUAGGAACACACAUGAAGUAUUAACAGACUGAAAAGACUGGAUUUUACUCAUGACCAACCUUUCUGGAUUUGACCACAAAGUUGGGAGAUACACUAUCCUUGUGUGCAGUUUACCUUCUUAUAGAGGCACGUGUGUUGUUGUGCCAUAGCUCUGCAACAUUUCCCUUCCUGAACAUCUCUACUCUGUGUUUCAGCACUGCAGUGGAUUCCUUGCUUGUGUUGUCGUCGCAGUCCACAUUUCCUGUUUUGUUAUUUUUUUUCCUCCUCUCCCCGAGUGGUUGUCAACAGACUAAAAAUUGUCUUGUGUGCCCCCAGAACGAGGUACCUCCUCCUAGUUACAGGUCACCAGCACUACAGCCCUUAUUCUAACUACUGUUUACAAGUAUAUACGAUUUCCCUAAGACAGGCAAUUAUCCUCACUGUCUGCAGGCACUUUACUGCCGAUUUUAAGGCUCCGAGUGAAGCUAGUCAUAAAGCCCUGUUGACUCAAGCUUGGUCUUUGUACCCACAUCCCACUUGACCCUCCUCCACUGAAUCAUGUGGGCAGUAAUUACAUGUUGAAAAACUAUGUUAUUCUGUUCUUACCAUGACACAUGGUAACUUAAUUAACUCUGAAGUUUACUUUUAAUACAUGUCAACUAUUGCAUAAACAAUUGGUAAACAAACUGUACUUAUAUAGCGCCUUUCUAGUCUUUUUUAACUACUCACAGCGUUUCACACAUCAGGUGCCAACUGCUCAUCAGUUCAAAGUUCACACACACACUCACACCGAAGGCACAAGGACACGAGGCACAACCUCAGGUUCGGUGUCUCGAACCGGGAUCGGACCGCCGCCCUUCGGAUUGGUGGACGACCCGCUCUGCCACUAAGCCACAGUCGCCCCAUCAUUUGGUUAAACAAUAAACUUGUUUUAGUAGCAUGUGUAGACAGUCCAGAUCUCUGGUUGGUAUGUUUUCUCUGUUCACUCACUGGAUCCCGAUUAACAAGCUGGAGAAUUUAAAAAAGAAAUGGUACGUUUGUUGUUUUUAGCAUAGAAAGUUUCAUUCUGUUCUUGUUUCAUGUGAUAAAUUGCUGUAACUGCAUCUAUUUAUUCUGCACAGAGGUUCUACAGGGUCUACUUGCUUCAACAGCUUUUAGCUGGAAAAAAGCUGUUAGUUGAAAUGAGACAAUUGCGAUUUUUUUGUUGUUGCAAAUAUUGAAAUAUGAAUAUUUUGAAAUAUAGUGUGAAAAAUUGUACUGUAUUGUUCCUAGCAUUUAAUCCAACCAUGAUGUACAGGAUGCUUUGACUUUCAAUGGACAGCAUUUCAAGCCAUUUUAUAUUGUAUACAGUUUUUAAACUAUUUUGAACCAGAAAAUGUCUUUAGAUUUUUGUAUGACUGUUUUAAUUGAUUUUAAUUCUGGAAGAAAACUGUGGUACAGUAGGUAAGAGCUUUGAGUGCAAUACAUUGCUUGGUUUUUCCAUUUAAGCUUUUCCUUGUGCAAGCGUAACCUUGUAAGACAGCAAUAAAUGUGGUGUUGAAUUUAAUGUACAUCAGUAGUGUUGGACAAAAUGCAUAUUGCCUCCAGUUGGACGGAGUCAUUGUCACUGAGAGCUUUGGUUCAUAUGAAUUAACAUUUAAUUCAUGUUGUGUACUUCUGAAUUAUAUGCAAUACUGUCAUGCAAUGUUUUUUUUACUACUUUGAAAUAACUAUACAUGAAUAAAUAAAUGUUUCAAGAAGA